CGACGGAUUAAUGACGCAACAGUUCUGUUUUGUUGUAGGAUGUUUCUGCGAUCAAAAGGAAUAACGUGUUGUGGAGCUACGAAAUAAGGAGCUCAUCGGCUGAUUUUUGCAGAUUCAUCAGUUGGCAAAAAUGGAAGCAACUCCAGAUGCUUCAGCCAGCGAGAAUCGGAAUAGAAAAUUUGGACUUCCGAACUGGAUGGUUAAUAAUAUUGAACGACUGAAUUUUGUUACCGAUUUUGAGCAGUAUGCUUGUAGCCCACCUGAGACAGAAGGAUUUUUAUCAGAGCAUUCAGAACAUUAUGAUGCACAUUCCAGUUCGCCAGAUGGUUUCUGUCCUGUAGUUGAGCCAAGUGAAUACAGUGAAAAUACAGUAGCAUUUCCUGCUGAAAUAAAAAGUCCUGUUGAAAUAAAGCAUCCACAGCCCACGAGUCCAAGCUCAAUUUCUCAUUCUCCAAGCCAAUAUCAUUCCAUUUUGGAUACUUUGAAGCAUGAAGAACUUUUCUCAUCACCGGAUAGCACCCCUUGUGCCACGCCUGAACCAUCACCUGCUCCUCGGAGAAGGAUGAGUGGUCAGCAGGACACUGUUCGCUCUAAUCCGGGACGAUGGUUUUAUCUUGGUUCUUAUCCGAAUCAAGAUAAAUCUAUAAAAGGACAGUGCUUGAAUGUCCAACGCAAUAAAGAAAACAAAGAUAAAAAAGUUGAUAAAUCUGACAUUUCUAUGAAACGAGAGGUUUCAUUUCCACCAAAAAAAGAUGGACUAAAGCUAAUGAUAUCUAAUUUUGACAUUAAUGCGGUCAGCCCCACGUCAUGGUAAUGAAAAUGUAUGAAAGAUGCUCUCUCAAGUAUUUAAGCAUAUUUUGAUUUGAAACAACAAUGCUAUGAUUAAUACUCUGCUAAUGCAAUAAGGCUUAGAAUUUUAAUGCUAUGAUCUGUCUUCUUUUAAAAGUUUCCUUUACUUGUUUGUCUCUACUAUAAGCUAAAUCUUUGAUAUGCAAAUUAGAGAA